AUGCAGUACUUUGGUCGAAUGGUUGGCGAAAAUUUACCUCCCGAUGACCAUAUUUUUCCGAGUGCUACUAAAGCGUGUGCGAUUUUGGGGAGAUGCGAUGUUGGGAAAUCUGUGCAUUGUUUGGUUAUUAAAACUGGGUAUGAUGUUGAUGUGUUUGUAGGGAGUUCUUUGGUUGAUAUGUAUGCGAAGUGUGGGGAUAUUAAGGAAGCGAGGAAAACGUUUGAUGAAAUGCCGCAGAGAAAUGUGGUUUCUUGGAGUGGGAUGAUUUAUGGGUAUACUCAAUUGGGUGAACAUGAGGAGGCUAUGUGGUUGUUUAAAGAGGCUUUAUUGGAAGGUUUAGAUGUGAAUGAUUUUACGCUUUCAAGUGUGAUUAGGGGGUGUGGUAGUGCUACAUUGCUUGAACUUGGGAAGCAAAUACAUGGGUUGUGUUUGAAAACGAGUUAUGAUUUGUCCAGUUUUGUAGGUAGUUCUUUGAUUUCUUUAUAUUCAAAGUGUGGUCUCAUUGAAGGGUCUUAUAGGGUUUUUGAUGAGGUACCUAUUAAGAAUCUUGGGAUGUGGAAUGCUAUGUUGAUUGCUUGUGCUCAACAUGCCCAUAUAAAGGAAGCGUUUGAUUUGUUUAAGAAGAUGGAAAGUGUUGGGAUGAGACCAAAUUUUAUUUCCUUCUUAUGUGUUCUUUAUGCUUGUAGUCAUGCAGGAUUAGUUGAAGAAGGAAAGAAUUAUUUUGUACUUAUGAAGAAGUACGGGAUUGAGCCAGGGACUCAACAUUAUGCAUCUAUGGUGGACUUACUUGGCCGUGCUGGAAAAUUGCCGGAAGCACUUUUGGUUAUCGAAGAAAUGCCUACAGAACCAACAGAAUCUGUAUGGGGAGCUUUCUUAACAGGGUGUCGCAUUCAUGGGAACACUGACUUGGCAGCCUUUGCAGCUGACAAAGUCUUUGAGUUGGGUGCUGUAAGUUCAGGUUUACAUGUAAUGUUAUCGAAUGCUUAUGCAGCUGCUGGAAGGUAUGAGGAUGCAGCCAAAGCUAGAAAGUUGCUGAGGGACCGAGGGAUAAAGAAGGAAACAGGUUUGAGUUGGGUUGAGGAGGGAAAUAGAGUUCACACAUUUGCAGCAGGGGAAAGGUCUCAUCCCAGAAUGAAAGAAAUUUACCAGAAAUUGGAGGAGUUGGGAGAGGAAAUGGAAAGAGCUGGUUAUGUUGCAGACACCAGUUUUGUGCUGCGAGAAGUGGAUCAGGAAGAGAAAAAUCAGACUAUUAGGUACCAUAGUGAAAGACUGGCCAUCGCAUUUGGGCUCAUUUCCAUUCCACCGGACAAGCCAAUUAGGAUUAUGAAGAACUUGCGAGUUUGCGGUGAUUGUCAUAAUGCAAUCAAGUUUAUGUCCAAAUGCUCUGGGAGAGUGCUUAUCGUAAGGGAUAACAACCGGUUCCAUCGGUUUGAAGAUGGAAAAUGCUCAUGUGGUGACUAUUGGUGA